AUGCCUUUGAUUAUUUAUGGAAAGCCUUUGGGGAGUACCAUACCAAAGCCUUUCCGAGAACUUUGGGAAAUCUGUCCAAAAUUAAAGGAAGCUUCUGAAAGACUUCGAGAAAUUCCUACCAGAGAGCUUAAUCCGAAAGGUUUGUUAUACGUUGGUCAGAAUGAAUUUGCUGGUACUUCUCCGACUGAUGAUUCAAUAUCUUACCUUGGGACAGACAGUGCAACAACAUGCCACAUUGCCGUACUUACAGAAACAGGUUCCGGUGCUACUUGCAUUGGACAUUUUGAUGGUUCAUUGACUUCAAAAGGUGUUCAUGGGAUGUUGCAAACAAUUCUUGAUAUAGCAGACCCCAUUGUUGGAAGAUCCUCCAUCAUUUCAUCUGUCCAGCCCAUUUCUCAUAGACUUUUACAACCAAAUCUGGGCAAUAUCCACCCCAGGCUUGAGCUAACCCUUGCUGGUGGAUUCAGUGAUUCCAGGAACCUUUCUGUCAAAGUUUCAGAGCAUCUGCUAAGUGAGUUCAACAAAGUCCCUUUGGAUAUUCACUUGAUGUAUGCUGUAAUUACAGAUUUGAAUACGGUGAUGAAAGGUGAUAUUGCUUUUCCUGUCAUUUUGGGAUUGGGGGUGGAUAUGAAAACCCGAGAAAUUUUCCCUGCUACUUUUACAGAUCGAGGCCCGGACUAUCCUCUUCGAAAUGUUCAAAGGACUUGCAAUUGGAGAGUCUUUUUUCCCUGUAUUUAUGACUUCAAAAUUAGAAGAGUGGUCAUCAAUAGUUUUGACUACUCAAAUUGGGAUCUGAGUAUGGUUCAGAAAAUAAUCCAGCUUUCUGAUGAAGAGAUUCUUCAGCAAAACUCUACCUCACCUGAACAGGAACCACCAAACUUCCUUGAGGAUUUCCGAAACAUGUUCAGAUUUGUUCUAGAUCAUCCUGACCCUCUGGUAUCUGUCUUUCCAAAUGGCCUCCCUCGUUACUACAAACAGUCUUCAGAUGGUCGGUGGGUUUUUGAUGGACAUACGUGUCCUUCAUAA